AUGCAAAUGGUGAUGUCCCUUGGAUUCCUUUGCAGCCUGGCUGUGGUCAGGAACGUGCUGGGCGUUCGCAAGGAGCACCUGCAACCGGAUGGUCCGGACUUUGAGACGAUGCCGGGAUACAAGUGCGAACUCUAUGACCAAGCGUGGUGCGAAAGCCCAGCAGUGAAUCCGGGCGACAAGUACCGUGAGAACGGCAAAGUGAAGUGCUGCACCAAGAUCGAGGAGGUUGGCCUUCCUCCGGUUGAGGUGUCGAAGGAGAGCCCCCUGGAAGCCUUUCAGAAGGAGAGCCCGAUGCAGGCCUUCGAGGUGAGUACCGAAGACGAGCUUGAGGAGCCGGAGGAGGUUACUUCAACGACUGUGCCGAUGGAUGAUGAUGAGAAGACGGCCCUGUGUGGAGAUGCUGUAUUUUCAUUGGAGACGUUUCUGCGCCGCGGGAAGACUGUCACAAUUUGCAGGAACAAGGAUACUGGCCGAUUUGCAAAGGCUCUCUGCUGCAAGUAA